CGAUAACGGGUCAAAAUAUUGUUUGCUAAAUUUUUUUAUCGACUGAUAACGAUAUUUCAUUAUUGUAUAAUGUUGUAUAGUGAAUUAGUUUAUAAUAGACUUCUUGACAGUGCCGUAGUGUGUAAAAUGAGGUCAAUUGUAGCGGUGUGUUUGCUGGUGUGGGGAUGUAAAGGACAGAAUAACAAUAUCCAUAGCCCAAAUCAAUGGAUUGGAACCCUUUUAACUCCGACAACUGAAAGCCCCACGUAUUGUUUCACUGACAAUAAGGAAGUUGGACAAUGUGUUAAAUUGUCGGAAUGUAUGGACAGCAACAAAAUCGACUUGCAAAGGAAACCUAUUUAUAGAUAUUUAAGCUGUGGCAGCUACAUGAAGACAUGCUGUCCAACCAGUCGAUUGAUGAAUCCAACUUCACUGCCGCCAAAGAGGGCAGGUUGUGGAUGGAGCAACCCCGGCGGCUACUCAUCCCGCGACUCUUCACAGACGUACGCCAAGCUCGGAGAGUUUCCUUGGAUGGUUGCUUUGAUGAGGAAAGCCAGUCAGAACCAGGCUUGGGAUCCAAAGGAUUCCCUGGGAGGUGGAAGUCUGAUCCAUCAUUCCGUGGUCAUGACGGCCGCCCAUAACCUCUAUGCUGUCAAUAACCACCCAUCUUUGAUAAAAUGCCGUCUUGGCGAAUUGAAUAGGCAGAAUACGACCGAAAUUUAUCCCCACCAAGACAGAGAUGUCAGUAAAGUCCUUGUUCAUGAACAGUUCUCUUGGACGACGCUAGCAUACGACAUCGCCCUAGUAAUUACAUAGACUCCAUUCGAUCUGAGCUAUCCCCAUGUGGGGAUUGCCUGUUUGAGUAUCAAUGAGCCUGAAACGGAUGCUAGUUGUUUUAGCAUGGGGUGGG